AUGCUGCUGAGAAUUUUGCCCCGAGCGGCUGCACUGCUCAUGCUGUGUGUUCAGCUCCUGCAUGCCUCUGUGCUGCCUACUGUAUCCUCCUACGAGUUCACUGCCUAUAGGAUGCAGCAGUAUGCCAUUCAGCAGGAAAAACAUGGUUGUCGCGGUGCCAUCGUGCAGGCGGAGGCCCGCUCAGCAGACGAACCAGUGUUAACACGACGCUGUGUCAUCAUGAAGCUGCCGGACUUCACCGUGGAGCGAUACUUUGAGGCUCUGAGGCAGAGCGCUGCCGCUGUACUCCUCCUGCUACCCAAAAACAUGUCCGCUGUCCCCCAGGAUAUCAUACAGACCUUCAUGGUGAGUGAGAGCGAAGCGUUGUUAAAGGAUACCAUCAUGCCUGUGUACGUGACCCCGGAGGACGAGCAGCUCCUUUAUAUGUACGAAGAGGUCAAGCACGCCGCAGCCUCUCGCACCUCCUCUAUACUGGUCCGAGUGUUCCGUAGUAUGGUUACAGCCACCGUAUUUCAGAUUCUAGUGAGCAACACCAACCCCAUCAAGCCCAUCACUGACAGUACAAUCAUUACUCUGGAGGGUGUACUUCCUGGUGCUGGAGAGGAUGCGCCCACCAUCGUUAUCACGGCCCACUACGACUCCUACGGCCUUACUCCAUGGCUGUCAUAUGGAGCAGACUCCAAUGGUAGCGGAGUCAUCAUCUUGCUUGAGCUGGUCCGUCUUUUCCAGAAACUUUACAGCAACCCCCACAGCCAGCCUGCAUACCAUCUUCUUUUCUCCCUGACUGGUGGUGGGAAGUAUAACUUCCUGGGUACCAAGAGGUUUAUAGAGGAGAAUAUGGAUCAUGCCGAGACCAGCCUUCUCCAUGACAAUGUGGCGUUUGUUCUGUGUCUGGACACGUUGGCCAAUGGGGACGACAUGUUCCUGCACGUGUCCCGCCCCCCCAAACCUGGCACCCCUCAGCAUGCCUUCGUACAACAUCUGGAACAGGUAGUUUCUUCCCGGUUCCCUUGGGUGAGGUUUGGGAUGGUCCACAAGAAGAUCAACUUGGGGGAGUCCACUGUUUCCUGGGAGCACGAGCGCUAUGCCAUGCGCAGGAUACCAGGCUUCACGCUGUCUCACCUAGAGGACCCCAAAUCUGAACUCAGAGGCUCCAUCCUGGACACUGUGUUGCACGUGGACUUGAGGAAGAUGAAGCGCAAUGCCAUCGUUAUUGCAGAAUCGCUAGCUCGGUUUAUGUAUAAUCUCUCUGACAAGGGUUCCCCAAAAGACAUACAGGUCUUCAAGGGCCAAAUGGAGUUUCAGGACAGUCGCAUGUCUAGCCUGAUGUCCUUCCUGACAUCAAUCCCACGGGCAACACAGCUGGAUAAGGAUCCCAAACACACCAUACUGGUGAACACUCUGGAACAUGAGCUGAGGUACUAUCUGCACCAGGUCCACAGACACACCUUCCGCCAAGACAAGAGGGAUCCUGAACUUACCUUUUUUGACCAAAUGGAGCAACCAAUGAUGAUGUAUAGGAUUAAGCCAGCAGCUUUUGACCUCUUCCUUGGGGGCUGUAUAGCUGCUUACCUGGCGAUAGUCUACUAUGCCAUCGAGAAUUGUGGAUAUCUCUACACCAAACUGAAAGCAGCUGUGAAGUCCAAACAGAAGUAA